AUAAGUAAUAAGUACACUUCCCUCUUUCUUACAAUAACACUAGGUAGUUCCAGGAGAAAAUAACAAAUCAAACAGACAUCUGCAUGGUUUCAGCAAAAUGAAUAUUUUAACCAAGUUAACAGUUUUUCUGCUUAUGUGCAGUGUAACAGCAAAAUAUAACUGUAAGAUGGACGGUUGUCAAAAUGGAGGAAAUUGCACUUACUUUGGAAACUGUGAAUGUACACAUGGUUUCGUUGGAUACGACUGUGGCGUUCAGAUGGCUUUAAGAAGUUUUGGACCUAGUUGUUCGAUUAAGUGCAUGAACGGUGGAACGUGUUACAACACAAACAUGUGUUACUGUACUGAGUCAUUUCACGGCAAUCGUUGUCAAUAUCAAAAAGAAAACGUUCAGUGUGGAUUAGAAGGAAUACAGAUUACAAUUAUGACAUCAACGAAAUUCCAAGGGGAGAUUACAACAAAACCUAACAGCACAGGAUGUCAGUUUAGGAGUUUCUUGACUUCGAACUCGACUUCACUACGAUCAUUCAGACUGAUAACUCCAUUAUCACUACAAACAACAAACCCAUGUCAUAGAGCAAUAAAUAGGACGGUUACUCCUGAUAAAGUGACAUAUUCCAUAGAUGUAGCCGUCUCAGAGAAGGAAGGAGUAUACAACCCUCUGCGAGAUAGAAUUGUCAACUUUAAAUGUGUUUAUCCAAGAAGGAUAGGUGAAGGUACAACGCAAGAUAAUACACAGUCAUAUACUCCAGUGGAACUACUAUAUCUGAAUACUAGGCUGCAGCCUCUUACCCAAGGAGUUCAAGAAGGGGAUGUCUUCUUUAUAGAUUUUACACCUACCACAGAAUCAGGAAAUAUAUUUGAACCUGAAAGCUAUUGCAAUUAUCAACGUAAGCAUACAAACAAGGUUAAAGGAUCAAAUGGUUUACAAGUGAUGAGUAUGGAAGCAUUUAGUGUACACAAUGGUAAAGUCACCACGUUCAAGAUGAUAGAAAAAGGAUGUAUUUUACCGACAGCUGAAUCUCGUGUGAAAUCGAUGAAUGUGGUGGAAGGCAAGCGUCCAAAUGGAGACCGUAUUUUCAAAACAAGAAUUGAAAUGACGGCUUUUUCAUUGUACGGAAACAGCUACCUCCACUUCAACUAUGACCUGAAAUUUUGUCCGGAAGCUUGUCCUGAGAUAAGAUGUGUCAAGCGACAACGCGUACAACCGACUCAGCAUCAUCAGCAAAAUUUCCAUUUUGGAGGACCUGGUUUGAACAUCGUAAUUUGAUGUUUGUCUAGAGAAAAGAGAUACGAGUUUGGAAACGAAACGCAAAAUAUUGAUAUCACGAGUAGUUGUAUCUAGUUCCAGAAUACUACAACAACUUUCUUGUCCUCUGACAUCUAUAUCACACAUAUUUCCAUCGUUUCAUUUGAUCUCAUGUCGUCUACCAUAAUAAUAUUAUGUCUCAAGUUUCGCUAAUAAUUCUGCUUUAAAAUGGACUUGUAUCUGAAAGAUGAAGACAUAUUUUAACUAUUAUAUUAUAUUUAUUGCCACCAAUACAUUUAUAUGAUUUGGGAAAAGAAACACAAAAUCUUGAUACCACGAGCAGUUGUAUUUAGUUCCAGAAUACUACAAAAACGAUCUUCGUCCUCUGACAUCUAUAUCACACUUAUUUCCAUCGUAUCUAGUAUUUUGUUUGACUAAAUUAUACUUUCAGUUUUCAUUUAUCUUAUAUUAGUAUUUUUUUCUUUCAACCACUUGUCAGUUUCAAUCACUCUAAAUGUCCCCUCCUUAAAAAUUAAUUGUAUGUCGCUUCAAAUAAAUACCUAUAUAUAUCAUAACUUAAAUAGUCAUAUUGAAAACAAAUAAGGCAAAAUACUUUUAGAGGUCAGCAUACGAUUAAAACGUCUUUUGUUAUAACAAUUUUCUCCACUGUUUUACUAAGCAGUUUCAAAUUACAAAAUGGAUAUUAUCAUUUUUUGUUUUAACUUUGUACACUUUUGCACUAUACACAUUAAGGUUUCAUACACAUUCUCUAUUGAAAUAUAACGUUAAUAAAAAGUGUACUAUCAUUUCUUACAUAAAAAAAAGUAUGCACCUGUUUGUUAGAAAGGCUUUUUAUUUCAUCCUAUACACACUUCACGGAGCUGUCACGACUCAGACUUUAAGUCCCAGUUUUGGUUAAACAUUUGCUUGAUUUAAAUACAUUUUAUCAUAUUCUGAUUUUUAUCCAAUAUAUAUAUAACACAAAGUAGCAACAUAUCGAAAUUGAUUUGGUUCACCAUAUACACAUUCUGAAAAUUUGAUUAAGUGGUGCUGAAAACCAUUAGAAAUUCAAAAGUAUCAAAUGUUGAAGAGCAAAAUAUGACCGUGUAGGAGAAGGAGAUCAAUAUAAACUGUCCAACAAAUGUGCAAAUUGUUAAGAUAUUUUGCUCGUACUGGCAAUCGGGCUUUGUAGAAGGUCUGAGACCAUUAAAUCUAUGCUUUUUAAAAAAAGAAAUAUAAAAAAAAAUCUCUUUAAGCCAAAGACAAUAUUGUAUAAAAACCAUUGGAAACGUGCCGAUUCAAAAGGGAAGACUUAAUGAUCAUCAAAAUAUUUACUAAAAAAAUCAUUAAACAUCAUUUCACGCCAAUGUUGACAAAACCUCGUCUGUUUUCCUCCAUUUACAGGUAUUAUAGAAGAUGUAUAAAUUGAUAUCAGAUGGUUAUUGUUAGAAUGAUUGCCCUGUUUACUCUGAAUUAUACUUACCAGUGCAAAUUACUUAUUCGUUUUAACUCUUUUUUUAUAUAUUUUGCUAUAUUUCUUAAUACUGCAAUAACACUAAUAAAAGAUUAUGCUACCCAAAAAACGACCGAUUCUUUGAACCUUUUGAGUGCGAUGAAAGUUAUUGUUUUCUGUGUAUUUCCUAUGGAAAUACAAGGCACUUUAGCUAGCGCAGUGACUGUCUUGUCUUUUCCGUUUUCGGAUUUCAACUAGGUAAUGAUACAUUCUAAAUGAUGUGUUCGGGUUUAUAACAACAGAAGAAGAAAAAGAAAUAAACUAUUUAGUAUACAAUAUUAAGGUUCUUGUUAUUGUGAUGUCAUUUUUAUAGGAAUUAAAAACCCAUUACAAGUAA